AUGGCUUUUUUCGUAGCUCUCCGAUCGCGCCUUGUGCCAAGGUUACUAAAGCUUAGGUGUCGUACGUCAAGGCUACUUUCUACGGAAGCAGCUUCUUCAUCCAAGAAGGCUGCUCCAGGACUCUCGCACUCGCUCUUUUCUGAUCUUCAUCAUCAACUUCCUCCUCCUGAGGCGGCGCUGGCGAAGGAGCGGAAAGGUCUGAAGUUUCUUAGCAACGUAUUCAUCUGGGCUCUCACCGGUGCUACAGCUGCUGUUGGUUACACAAGCUAUGCCUACACGUUAGAUGAAGUGAAUCAGAAGACCAAGGCCUUCCGAGAAUCUGCUUUCAAGACGACUCAACAACUAUCUCUUCAUUCUUCCGGCAUUCAUAAAUAUCAGGCAAUGCUCUACUCUGCUGCCGUCAAAGUUCCUGCCCGAGCCAUUGAUAUGUAUUUGGAGCUUAGGGAAGCUGUGGAGGAACAAGUUAAAGGCUUCGCAGAACCUCUCUCUGAAAAGCUUCUUCCAGAUAUGCAUCCCGCAGAACAGAAUGUAAUCUACACUCUCGUUCUUGAUUUGAAUGAGACUCUGCUUUACACUGACUGGAAGCGAGAGAGAGGGUGGAGGACGUUCAAAAGACCUGGUGUGGAUGCAUUCUUGGAGCACCUUUCCAAAUUCUAUGAGAUUGUCCUCUAUUCUGACCAGAUGGAUGCGUAUGUACUGCCCGUCUGUGACAAGUUAGACCCAAAUUACUACAUACGUUAUAGGCUAGCCAGAAACGCUACUAAAUAUGAGAAUGGAAAGCGCUACCGGGAUCUGUCAAAGCUGAACAGGGACCCCAAGAGGGUUCUGUAUAUUAGCGGCAAUGCUUUUGAUACGAGCCUUCAGCCUGAGAAUUGUGUGCCUAUCAAGCCUUACAAACUCGAAUCUGAUGACACAGCCCUUGUCGACCUAAUACCCUUCCUUGAAUAUGUUGCUCGUAACAAUCCAGCUGAUAUUAGACCGGUUCUAGCCUCUUAUGAGAGAAAUGAUGUUGCCAAAGAGUUCCUUGAGAGGUCCAUUGAGUAUCAAAAGCGAAUGCAAGGACAGAGACAAGGCCGACUCUGGAGGCGUUAGAAGGAUCAUAAACAUUUUUUAUGUAUAGUUAGAGACGAUUAUAUCCUCUUUGAUUCAUUACACCAUAAAACACAGGGAACAGAAGCUACUGUUCUUUGCUGAGGGGUAAACUUAACAACUACAAAUCGUGUCUUCCUCAUGAAAAUGUUAUGUGUUUUUACCCGAUUUUUACCUCUGGUGACCUUUGUCUCGGUUUUACAAAGUGAACCUUUUCCAAGGGAACCAAAAUGAAAUUUUAUUUUUAAUUUAGUUAGCAAAUAUUUUUUUUUUCUAAUCUGUUUUGGUUGAUUACCAAAUGAAUAACGAUUAUGAACUUUGAGAAGUUAAUUGGUUGAAACGUCUAUUUAUAAUUUUAUAUGUAUUGUGAGUAAAUAGAUGUUCAAGAAAUUGCUAGUUAAGUAGGCAAUUUGUAUAUGCCUAGCGACUAUUAUUUGGUUAGGUUUAGACCUUAACGAAUUAUUGAUUUAUUUCUAUAUAUAUUAUAUUUAUAUAAGAUAUUUAGUUUGUGGGUUUAAUUAUAAAUUUAUUUUGAUGACUUAUCAAAAUCUUUAUAUAUAAAGAAGGGUUUGUAUCCCUCCUGUUGUGCCACCUCAGCAGACAGGUCAGAAAGUCGGAUUAUGUGGGCUCGACACGUGUCUCACCUAUACUAAACGUUGCGCUUCAUUAAAAUUGUUUCUGAUGGGCUUCUAAAUGUUAGAUUUUGGCCCACUAAUGACCACUUUGUUUUCUUCACCUUGACGGGAAAGAACCUUGGAGUUUCCGCCGUCGUAAAGCUUAUGUCGCAUUCCUUCACCAACGAUGAAGGUCCUUCCCAGUACCAUCCAUUAUCACCGGCGAAUGAUUGAUGCAAGCCUUUGUCUGUGUCGACUCGCUUCCAGCUCUUUUCAUACGUUUCGAGAUUGGCAACGUUACGUAACUCCCAUCCAUUCAAUCACUGUCAUUAAAGUUUUAAUUGACUCCAUCUACCCACUCCUUCGACUAUUUCACUUUCAGUACAUCCCUUUCCUUCAAGUCGGUGCAUCUGCAGGUAUAUAUAGGCAAAAUCUCAGAAACAUGGGCCAGAGUAGGAUCCAGAGGAACUAGAAAGUCUCAAGCAUCAUAGGAUUGGACUUAAGAGGUUAUGCCUUAUGUGUGAGUGGAUAGUCAAGAGCGAUAAGUUAAAACAAAAGUUGGCUAUUUCCUCACAUGGGAUACUUGCUGCAGAAGGGUUCAAGCUGCACGUUGACUACCGGUCCAUGAUCCAUUUUCUCCUCCUGAAGUUUCAUCGGACUCAUCUACAACAUCAAUAAAAGGUUAUCCAGAUAGUCAUAAGAGGUAAUGACUUUGUUAAUGUAUGUUUUCUUCUCUGACCCUCAACUUAUAUAUUGGUCUUUACUAUUGUGCUGCACGGACAAUAUGGAUUAUCUAGCUCAGGCUUAGAAAGCUCAUAGGGUGAAGGAGAGGAAGCUUUGAGAGAGUGAUAAAGAUGUGGAAUCUCUACGCCUGAUUUCUAACAAAGAAAUUAAAAUUCAGAGCAAGAUGGUACCAUUUUUUCCCCCAACUCUUAAUCUACAUCCUAUAGAUACUACCUAUGUAUGCGCUAAAGUUGUACCUAGAUGCCCAAUUAGAGAUCGAUGCAGUGACUUGGUCCAAGUGAAACUGACAUCACUUGCUGACUGAUUUGCUCAGUUAUGGUCAGUGUGGUUUAGACAUGGAAGAGACAUUUAGGUGGAGUAUCAUACAGUGUCAUUUUAUGAGUACAUCACUACGUUUGUUCUGCUGUCUCUUUGUGUUUGUUCUUGACACAUCGACAAUAUUUUCUUUGUUAUGUAAAUAUAAUCUUUUGGUGUUGAAAAACUUAUAAUAUUUGUCAACAAUCUAUUCUUCUUUAAUUA